AUGGUACACCUUGUGGCUGUACCAGAGACAAUCACGGCAAGUGGCUGUGCUUGUGUCUUUAUUGACACCAUCUUCCGACUUCAUGGGUUGCCCCGUGAACUCGUAUCAGACAGAGAUCCACGAUUCACUGCUGAUUUCUGGCGUUCCGUGUUCAAAUCACUCGGAACGCGCUUGAAGAUGUCAACAUCUGAUCAUCCAGAGUCAGAUGGUCAGACGGAACGUGCCAAUCGUGUCCUUGAAGAGAUACUUCGAGGAUACGUACACUCCUUUAAGAGUUGGAGUGAGUUUUUGCCGAUGGUAGAGUUUGCCAUCAACAACUCGGUGCAUGCGUCCACGAGACAUACACCGUUUUACGUGAAUGGCUUGCGCCAUCCGCGUGUACCCACCUUACUAGAGUGUAACUCUGGUUUAAGGGGGGGAGGGACUCGCGCGAGCAAAAACCGAUUUGGUUCACGCUCAUCACGCUCUGACGAAGAAGUCAUUGCGUUUGAUGCCGAUAUCGAUAACAUCGAUAUCGAAGAAGAUGAUGCCAGUGAGAGUGCGGAAGCCCUCACUGAAGAAGAUGAUCCCAGUGAGAGUGCGGAAGCCCUCACUGAAGAAAAGGUUGUUGUCGCUGCAGUGCGCUCACAGCACACUGAAGCUAACGAGUCAUCAGAUGAGUUCAUACUGGCUCGUGAAACGGUAGUCCGUUUUGUGCAAGACUCCAUCGCCGAAGCGGUGGAUAAGCAAAAGCAAAACGCUGACAAGAAUGGAAGGGCAAACACUCUUUAUUUAAUAAAGGUGACUUAG